UGCGGGUGCUAAAAUAAGCCUUGUUGUUUUUCAGUGUCCCGACAUGAAGUGCGUAACAAAUAUCCUUCCUAGUGACUUUGUGAACGUGACAGCGUUAUGAAUAGACGCGAAGUCGUGGUGGUUACAGGCUUUGGACCUUUUCGACAGUUCUUAGUGAACCCCAGCUGGAAAGCAGCCCAGGGCUUGAAGUUGGUCGGAUUUGGAGAGCGGACUGAUAUUUUCAUCAGGGAGGUGCCAGUGAGUUAUGUUAAAACUCAGCAAAUAAUUGCUGAGAUUUGGCAAACUCUUCACCCAAAGUUGGCUGUACAUCUGGGUGUAGCCAGAGGUUCCAGUGUCGUCUUUUUGGAGCAAACGGGAAAGAACAGUGGAUACAGAGACAAAGAUGUGUGUGGCUUCUGUCCUGAAAGUCAGUGCUGUGUGGAGGGAGGACCAGAGAAACUGGACUCAGUCAUUAACAUGAGGGCUGUCGCGAAAGAGUUCAAACAAGCAGGGACGGAUGUCAUUUAUUCAAGAGAUGCUGGCAGGUACCUGUGUGAUUUUGCGUAUUAUUUCUCACUGUAUCACGGUCAGAGGAGAGCAGCCCUCAUCCAUGUACCGUCAUCUGGCAGCUUAACCGCAGGUGACAGACUGGUACCUCUGCUGCAGAGCCUCAUUCUCACCAUGCUGGACCAGCUGGAGGACCCUUCAGAAACCGCAUGAGGAGAUGAUGACAGAGGACUCCAAGCCAGCUGUCACAGCAAGGUAGAUCUUCUAGUGAAGACAUUUCACAAGACACAAAGAGAUCACUGGUGACGCUGUGGAUUAGUGGAGGGCCCGUGGCCUUGGAGGGAAUUAAAAAAGAGCCAACAGCAGAAGUUCUCAUUCAUUUAUUAUUCAAAAUUUCAGGGCAAAAUAAGGAAAAUACAAGAAUUGUUCAGAUACACAUUUGGAGAUGGCAUGUCAAAAAUACACCAUCUCAGUUAUAGGUGUGAAAAAACUUUGAGGCCUCAGAUACAGAGCUUGAAAAACAAACUAGUCUAGUGAAGAUUUUUGAUUAUUUCUUUCCACCAAUCAGGUAAUGAACAGAGAUUUUGUGAAAGUAUUCUUAUAAAACAAUAGCAGUAAACCAAGGCCCCCUCAGAAGGUAUAGGAAUGCAAAUCAUAAAAACAGAGGCAUGAUAAUGAUAAACCUCAAACUUAUUAUUGCAGUUUGAAUGCACUGACGCAUCCUCCAUAAACCUGAGGUUUGCAUGAAGAACAUUCAGAAGAUGGAAAAUUAUGAAGAUGACUAAGUAGAAUGCUUUUUUUUUUAGUUAGUUACUGUAUGUUUACGCUGAAAUCUGGUUAUGCAAAAAAGCAACUAGUGUGAAGCUGUAAACGUAGGCCUAUGAUCUUUUCUAAUCAUGUCGUUUACCAUGUCUACCCGUAAUCUACGCAACAUCCCUGUCCUAAACAUCCACGUGUUUAUUUAAAUGCUGUAGUUGUGACAGGUUUGUGAUCUAAUUUUAACUAGUAAUUCACCUCACGACAGGUCAAUUUAAUGUCUACUCCCGAAACUGAAAAGUUUGUAUCUUAUUACAUGCAUCCAAACAGAAAAAAACAUAAAUGCACAGAUAUGUAAAGUAACUACACAAGCUGUUUGCUUGUCAGUGGUGAUUUCUGUACUAAUGUGACAUUCAGCAGUAAUCAGACUGUUUUUCAACCAAAAACAGUUGUUCAUUCUUUGAUUCUCUUAUAUUCUGCACAGAUAAAAAGGUUAAGAUGAAAACUGAGCAUCCAGGUUUCACAUUAGAAGUUACCCAGUGGCCUAUUCAUGAACCCAUUUUUUUUUUUUUUAUUGCUUUUGAGUAUUAAUUUUAACAUGAAUUUUCAAAGAGGUGUACGCAUCCAGCCCAGAAGCCCUUGCACUGAGACCGCACUCUCCAAGUAGCCGCUGUGAGUAGAAGAACGGAAGUUUUUCUGAGAAGAUUGACUGAGGUGACGGUUUUAACCAGCAGCAUUAGUGUGUGUAGCAGUACAAAUAGGUUGUGUUGAGUUUACUUCCAAAUGAUCGAAAAGACAGCAUAAGGUGACAAUUAGCUAUCACUAGGGCAUAAACGUCAUAGCAUUCGGCAGAUAGACUUGGACAGAGGAAGGGAUAGCGUUCACGUAAACAAUCAGUUUACAGGGUAAAAAAAAAAAAGGCCAACAUUGACUGACAAAUGAUUGUGAAUGGCAUCUGGAUUUUUGGAUUGUGCUGUAACAUUGCAGCAUUACAGGCUACAAGUAAACAGCGAAUACUAUUUUUCUUGGAGGUCAAUAAAACAUUUUUUUCCCUUUUUAAAUAUUCCCCCAGGAUAACUGUUCAGACUUCUAUAUAAAUGCAUUUUAAAUGAGAAAAUGAAGGUUUAGUCUUUUGAGGAUUUAAGGUUGUGACAAUAUGUUGGGAGUCAGUGGAGAUGGGAUAUCUGAUGUUGAUGUUGAGCCCCGGUCUCUGGUCUUGACUCUAGACUUCUACUGCACCUCGCCACACUGUAUCCAGUCAAAUUGAGGUGUAGGUUGACAUAAUUACCUAAUAUCUUCUCACCUAAAUACUCAACAACAAUUUAAACCGAUUCUGGGGAGAACUUAAGCACGCUGUCCUGAAGUCCUCUCCUUUGUAUUAUCAGAGGUAUAAACUUACUUUUCAAUCGAUCAUUGGGCUGUACUUACAACACAGAUAUUCCAUCUCCUUUGUGAGGUUAAUCUAGAUCCCUAUGGGUUUUAUCCAGAUGACGUUUCUAUACAAACCGAUGAGAGAGUAAGAUGUAUUUGUUUUCCAUAGGCAUGCAUAUAUUUCAAAAGAGUGAGGUAGAUAUAUACUUGAAGGAAAAAAAAAACUUUUUAAGUCCCCCCCAGUCAUGACACCAAAGAAAAUACAUACCAAAAAAAUCAAACUUUAUACUGAAUCAUGGGGCAUUUAUACAGUGAUUUAAACUGAUGUCACAAAAGGAAAAUAAA